CGCAAGACAUCUCAUUACAUCAAAUUAAUCUGCGACAUACACAGAAGGAGCACAUUCGAUAUUUGAUAGCGGCGCACCUGAGAGUGCACACGUCAGCUCCUUCGCGAUGGGAGAGAUUUUCAAAUCACCUGUGUCAUAUGAUGCGAGCAAGAUUCCCAAUUGCUCCUUAACAGAUUAUCUGUUUAAGCGCGCGAGAAAAAAUCUGCACGCCGUUGCUGAGAAGCCUUGGCUGCUCGAUGUGUGUACGGGAAAGGAAGUUUUAUUUGGUGAAGUGGAGGAGCGGUCGAAGAAAGUGGCGAGCGCUUUGGCCAAGAGGGGCUUCUCAAAGGGCGACGUUUUGUACUUCGUGUCCUACGAUAUAGUGGACUUGAGCGUCCUGCAGUUGGCCGUUUGGCUUUUGGGAGGAGCGACCAGAGGCAGCUUUCAAAUCGAGGAACCAGAGGAAUUUGCAAGGCUGAUGCAAGAAAUUGACUGCAAAUUUGUAGCGGUUGAUUCACUCACGUUUGAUUCAAUCAAACAAGCCAUCAUCAUUGCUAAAUUGGACAAUUGCAAUAUUAUAAAUGUUGGUGACACAUCCAUUGAAGGUGUUGUCAGUUUUUCGGAAUUGGCUCUAGACGAUGGGAUGGCAUACGUGGCUGAAACGCACAUUGACCCGGAUAAGGACGUCUUGUUUAUCUGCAAUACAAGUGGUAGUACGGGUAUACCAAAAGGUGUGAUUCACACCCACAAAAAUGUCGUCAGUGUCUUUGCAUCUUUUGAAGGAAUGUUGGUGGAGAGUUUUGAGGACAGCAUCAUGGUAACGUCGAAUAACUAUGCCGUUUCCAGCAUAUGGACCACGUGUACUAACCUUGCCACCGGCAGCACCAUGUAUUGCAUGAGCAGAUUCCGGAAUGAAGAGUUUCUUGGUCAUCUCUUGAAAUUUAAGCCAAGGCAAGUGUUACUCUACCCUUAUGUUAUGAGCUGGCUUGCAAAAUCACCAGAAUUGGACAAACACGAUUUCAGUUUUUUGAAGGGCAUCAGUCUUGGUGGAUCUGUUGUGGACCCAACAACAUUGGAGUUGUUGGAGAAGAAAUUCCCAAAUGCAUAUUGCAAUAUAGUCUAUGCGUCCACUGAAACUUUAGGGGUUUCAAUUACUCUGAACAGUAGCAAAUUCAAACUACCUCUUUAUGGAAAAUCACCAGAUGGCGAAAGAAUGGUUUCUUCGGGCGUUUUAUUACCCUUGAUCGAGGCUAAGAUCAUAGAUUUGCAAACAGGAGAAGUACUACGAAAAAAUCAAUCAGGGAGGCUUUUGAUACGCAGCUCACAACUCACAAAAGGCUACUUGAGAAAAGGAAACGAGCCUGACAGGUCUUGCUUUGAUGAAGAAGGAUGGUUUGAUACAGGCGACGCAGCAUUUUUUGAUGCCACAGGGCAGCUUUUUGUGAGGGAGAGAAUUUCAUUCAUGUUCAAAUAUUACAUGCACUUCGUGAACCCAUCAGAAAUAGAAGCAGUCCUCCGCGAACAUCAGACCGUCCAAAUGGCCUGUGUGAUUGGUGUGCCAAACAAGGAAACAACAAAUCUUGCAAAGGGCUUGGUCGUUUUGAAAAGUGGAGAAGCUACCACAGAGGAUGAAUUACUUGCACUUGUUUCCAGCAAGUUACCAUUCUAUAAGCAUCUGCACGGUGGUCUGCAAUUUGUAGAGUCACUACCAGAAAACAAAGGCAGAAAAUAUGAUCGCACGGCGAUCAUGAAAAUGUAUUCCACGUGAGAAGUGGCAUAAACUUUUUUAUGGUUUCAUUUUUUUAUGUUGGGAAAUUCCCCAAUGGGAAUAAAUAGCAAUGAAAACACGUAUAAAAAAAAUAAAUCUAGAUUACUUUUGAUUUCAUUUAGCAAAAACAGAUUAUGAAACUUAACGGAGCAAAAUUUUAAGAAUUUCGGACAUUCAGGGCAAAGUAAAAAGUAAUAUCAAGUAUUAAUAUUUAGAAUUAUGGAAAAAGCAGAUCAACAAUGGAAAUAAUUUUUUAAUAAAUUAAACCAAUUAAACUCG